AUUGUGCUAACUGACUCCUGAAUUUGUUUAUAUUAUGUGUGGAAGGUCACAUCAAUAAUAGAAAUUAAUCAUUUUCAACAAGUUUUAUGGCUAUUUCCAUCUUUAAGCCAUUUUUUCUAAAAGUGCACCAUCUUCUUAGCCAAAUUCUUGCAUUUGGGCUUUUACCAAGCAAAUUAAGUCAGUAUCAAAAUAAUUGAUCUUUGCAAUGCAGAGUAGACAGAGAAGCUACAUUAGAAGCAUCAUUUAGAUGCAUUUACACACUGUUUAAGAGACGUUUCAAAUAUGGCCAGGCCCAGGCAGACUAGCCUUAAAAGUUUUUUUCAGAGGCCAGACGCGAAGGAGGAUACUGAAUCAGGAACGCCUGAAGCCUCAGAUGUCCAGAGCCAGACAGCUCCGCCACCACCAGAGAAAAAGCCGAAGUGUAGGGCGUAUCGGUCGGAAUGGAGUGACAAGUUCCCAUGGCUAAGAUGUGAGGUAGUUGAUGGUAAUGAAAAAAUGUUCUGUUCGCUCUGCGAAAAGGCAGGACGACGCAACGGAUUCACAAGAGGGUCGAAUAAUUUGAGAAUGUCUGCUCUCAUUGAACAUAGUCAGAGCAAUGACCAUGUUGCGGCGCACAAUUUAACGCCACAGCAGGUUGCGAUGAAAGGCCACUGUGACAAGGCCACGGAAACUUCUAAGAAAAAACUAUGCUCUCAGCUCAAAAUUGUAUUCCACAUGGCAAAACAUGUUCUCCCAUCUAACCAUUUUGUAGCACAGACUGAGCUACUGCAAGCUCUCGAGGCUCCAGAUUUUGUCACCACUGAUGGCAUUUAUUGCCACAGCGACUCUGUGGAUGAUAUGGAAAAGGCAUUAGAACACAUCGUGGUGGAACAGAUCCGUAAAAAACUGAAAAACAGUGACUUCAUUGGAAUAAUAAUUGAUGAAACUGUAAAUAUCACUGUGAACAAAAAGUUAAUCAUAUAUCUAAAGCUGGAAAUUAAAGGAAAGGUGGAGACAUGCUUUCUUGGAAAUUAUGAUGUGGACUCCGGGACAGCAAGAUGCAUUUAUGAUCGUGUUGUUGCGGUGCUUCGCGAAAUGGAUAUAGCACUGUCCCGUGUCAUUGGCCUGGGUUCAGAUGGUGCAAGUGUAAUGAUGGGAAGGCAUGGUGGGGUGGGUGCUUUGUUUAAGCAAGCAAAUCCAUUUUCUAUCCAGGUGCACUGCGUUGCCCACCGGGCUGCACUUUCUGCGCUGGACGCAGAGAAAGCUGUGGAAAACAUCAGAGCUUACAAAAACAUGAUCUCCUCGGUGUACUCCUUCUACAGACACUCUGCCACCAGAACAGCCCGGCUCCGCCAAUUAACAGCUGCACUCAGUGAUGAGGACAUGGUCAGCCUCAAGCAGCCAUGCGCAGUCCGCUGGCUAUCCCUUCACAGGGCUGUGGAGGCCAUGAAGCACAACUGGGCAGCUGUGGUCAUGGAAAUUAAUGAAGAGGCAGUGGGAGGAAAUACCCAAGCACAAGGGCUGCUUGGUCAAAUCCAGACAUACAGCUUCAUAGCCCUGACUCACGCACUGGCCGAUCUACUACCAGUGAUGACAAAACUGAAUUUAGUUUUUCAGAAAGACAACGUCAAUCUUUCCAGCAUCCGACCAAUAGUGCAAGCAUCUGUCGCGGCAUUUACACACUUACGAGAUGUCCCCGGUCCAGAAGAGGAAACAUUCAAGGCAGGAUAUAAAGACGGCACAUACAAGGAUGUCAAAGUGACCAAUUCAAGCGACCGCUCCAUUCAAAUUUAAAAAAAGCCAGAGAACGUUAUGUUCAACAUCUGAUAGAUGCCUUGCUAGAUCGGUUCCCCGAGGAUUGCAUGGAUCUACUUCACUGCCUCGAUGCCCUUCUGAACCCCUCUAGAUAUCCGCAGACACAUAGUGCUCUCCAAGAAUAUGCAGAACCAGCGAUCAGAAGGAUUAUUUGCCAUUUUACAAGCCUUGAGUCUGCGGACACCGCUCCUCUUAUCGAUACCGUAAGCCUGCGACAUGAUGCCCUCGCUGUCAUGACAGCGCUCCGUGGCUAUGGAGGAUUGUAUUUCUCCACAGCCUGCGAAGUCCUCAUAUGUGAUUUCAACAAAAUGUAUCCAGAGUGGACCAAGCUCGCCAAGAUAGCCUGUGUAAUCCCUGUCUCGAGUGUUCCUGCAGAGAGGGGGUUGCAAAAUCGGAUCAAGACGAAGCAACGAAGUCGCCUUGCGGAGAACAAGGUUACGCGGCUUAUGCGCAUUGCAAGUUGUAGAGAGACACUGGGAAGUUUUGAUUUUAAGUCGGCAGCUGCACAAUUCAGCACUGCAAAAAAGCGUAAAAAGUAGCCAAAAAUGACACGAGACAAUGUUAUAGGCCUAGACAUUUGUUUGUUCAAGUUCAUUUGACAAGGAGUCAUUUCACACGGUGGCCAAUUUAAAUGUUACCAGCUAAAUGAGACAUACUGAGUUUAUAAUUAAGUUUGCUUGAAUAAAAACAAUGCUAUAUUCGGAUAUUUUAUGUGGGGAAGGGGGGUUGGUUUGUUAAACUAUGAAAUGUGAAACCAUAGUAAAAAACAAUUGGUUGAUUGACGCCAAUCGGACGUUCAUGAUUUUUUUCCGUCUGUUUGAAAGUUGGGCUAAUAAACAUGUUGCAUAUACGGCCUGAUUAUGUCAUUUUUUAAGUUACAUAAACUGCUUUCAGUUUUCCUCAACUUGACUAAUUAAGAGGCGAUAUUUGACCGGCAUAUCAUCAAAAUGUCCGGAAAACGAAACCUCUGCUGGUCACUUUGACCGGCACCAUUUUUUUCUAGCGGAAACUCUGAUCCAGACGUAUCUAACCAACAACGACAGCUGCUUUUUGUGUAAAGCAAAUAUGUUACCAGGCAAACUGGGUUUUUUAAGAGGCCUGAGUGAGGUUCUAGCAAAAACUGUUGAAUGCAGCUUAAAUGGGGUCUUACUGACAGUAUUUGGCUCAAAAGUUCAGAAAUAAUAUUGGUUUUUAUGUAUUUGUUGUAUACAUUGCUUUGUUGUGGAAUCUUGGGGAUGGUGCUCAGGGGCGUAAAUUCAGCCAGUGCCAUAUACAGUAUCUUUAUGGGCAUAACUGUUCCACAGCAGUUUCUGUUCCUGUUCCUGACAGAUUAUGUGAGCGGAAUGGAGCGGCAACAAUUUCCCUUCCAUGUUUUGAGCUAAUAAUGACUCCGCUCCAGCUCCAGGUUCACAAUUUCCCGCUCCACCAGAAACACUGCUCCACCUUCGCUCCGUGGCUAAAUUAUUUCAGUAUGUUUGAAAUGUUGUUCAUAACGUAGCCUAUAUUAAAAUAAACGAAUAAAAUAACAGGAGCAUUUCAAAGUGGCUUAGGCUAUUGUGUUCA